UGCUCGUCAUGUCGUAUGGAAGUGAUUUUCGUUGUAUUUCAUCGAUAUUUUUUCUUUAUUUACAGUUUUUAAGUUAAACAAAAUUUUGAUAGUGGCGUAUCUGCUUGGUCUUUAAAUUUUAGUUGUUGGCUUAUAUAUUAGGGCUUCCACCUUGAUGUGUUGGGUGACAUAAUUAUUAUUCCUGAGCCUCGGUGAUACCUACUGCGUAUCAUGUAACUACAGCCUGUGGUUUUGUGGGCUGGUGCAUCUAUUUUCAACUCGACAAGCUUCGUAACGUAGACGAGCGAAUGAUUGUGGGGUCACAAUGAGCUGGUUGCGGAGUGCCGGAUCAUUUGCAAGGCAGCUGUCCCGCUCCCUCGACCCGCGGCAUGACUACGAGCCACAAGCCUGCUACAGCUCCUUCUGCAAACACUGGCAGCAGGCACAUGAUAUCAUCCUUAAAUCACAGCCGCAACACCUGCACGACGAUGUCUUGGGUGUGGUUAACCACCUGGAGCAACUGGCGACCCUGCUGGUUCUCGAGGCUAAGGCUCGGGAGCUCAGCUCCGCCACCAGCCCUGCCGCCUGCCUAGAAUACCUACUCAGCGAGAAUCUACUAGACAAACUGUAUGAAUGGGCAAUAUGUACUGGCAAAUACGAAAAUGCAGUUCGUUUGGAACAACUGAAGUUGUUUGGCAGUCUUGUCAGUCACUACAGUUCCCAGGUCAUCGCCGCAGAACCUUUUCUCAGGCCUCUCUUGAAAUUACUCAGUGGAUUCCGAAACGAAUUACCACCGCCUAACUUAGAAAGUCAAUUGGUAACGGUGCUAAAUCAAAUAUGUGUGGCGCUCAUGCAGAAUAUGAAAUUUAUCGACCUCUUCUUCCUGACGACUCACACGCAGAACGGAUCUCAAGCCGAGUUCAUACUAGUGAGGCUACUGUUAUCGUCUGUACAUCGUGAGGGCGCGACGGGGGCGGCGGCGCGCGACGCGCUACUCCUCUGCGCGAAGAUGUCCGCUCGGUGCCCCCAACUUGCAGAGUGCAUGCUGCUCGGGAACACUUGCGUCGUGCUCGCCACUGGUCUGAGCGGCCUGUACUCGCUGCUGCCGCGCACGCUGGGCGAACGCGUGUACCGCCUAACACCAGACGACGUCAACCACGUGCACAAACUGACGCUCUUCAUCGAUUCGCUCGAGUUCUGCAACGCUGUCGCUCAGGUGGCCCAUCCGUCCAUAAAGAAACAACUGUUGGAUCUCCUCUAUCAAGGGUUCCUAGUGCCCGUGAUGGGGCCCGCACUGCUACAGACGAGAGCGGGCUUGCAGAGUGGCGCGGCGGAGCAGGCCGCGGCCAUGGCGUAUCUCGAGCUGGUACUCCGGUGUGCCACGCCGACGGGGCUGUUGAGGGCAGUGCUGCACUUCGUAUUGACACACGAGUACGACAACGUGCGUGUGUGUGACGUGCUGCUCGCGAGGCUGCAUGGGGACUCUCAGCUAUCUCUGGUGUCGUUGUCUCUGAUGGAGACGCUGAUCGACCUGAAUUGUGAGGACGUGAUGAUCGAGCUGGUGUUCAAGUACCUGCUGAACGGGCACCACCUCAUGGUCACGCAACGACACCAGAUAGCCGACCCCGAGCCCUACAGAGAAGCCGCCAUUGCUUUCUUAGGUCUUUCCCCUCGCUGCUGCUCUAGGCCCCUGGACAAGACGAGGGAAUGGGUCGAUGAGAUGGCGCUCAGUGGCAGGAGGAUCCUCGACUUCAAACGAGACGACGAACACAGGCGAGUCAACGGUGUGCACGGCGACAUAGCCAUGAGCAAUCUAGUCCAAGAAAUCAAGUUCAAUUAUGGAAACCCAAAUGAAACGCUAUUCGGCAAUUACCACGCGUAUCUGUGCGACGCGCGGUUCGAGAUAGUGUCGCGAACAAUCGCAUGCGCCGCCUGGUCCGCCAAGUACGAUAGCUUUAUGAAUACCCCCGUCAAGAAAGAGACGAACAACAAUUCCACGAAGGACACCAAGGAAAUAGACGCGCAUACCCUCGUGAAAGAACAGGACAGCCUUAUUUCUGUGUGCACCAGCGGUUACGACACCUUGAAAACUAGUGACACUUCAGAGAAGGAGCCGUUGAGUUUGACGUCUCUGAACGACAAUGUUGACAAUGAGAAUAAAACGUGUGAGAGCCAGGACAGUAAUGGCAAAGAGCACGACAGUUUGACGUCUAUAGGGGAGAGCAGCGGGUACGAUAGCUUUAGGUACAAGACUGAAGAGAGUGAUGAGAACGAGGCAUUCGCUGAAGACUCAUUUAGACAGAGCGUCACGAAGACGGAGCAGGUUAGAGAGUACAACGGCGAAAUGCCUCUGAUCAGGAGCUGGAGGGCCAGCGCUGAAUCAAUUAUCGGCCCUUUACUAAGCAGUCUGCUGAAGAAGGCAGCGUCGCUACUGGAAGCGGAGUUGGCUGUCAACUGGCGCGUGACGUCAGCGCUGUGCAAGCUGGCCGCUCUGCCCACCCCGUUGCUCGCCUCGUUGCUGUGUCCCAGCUUCGUGCUGCAGCCCAACGUGCCCUCACUGUUCCAGAUUCUAAGCAAACUGAAGGAGGAAGUGGACGAACUGACGACGAGUCUGGAUAACAUCGGGGAGUUGGUGGACAAGGCGCGAGUAUUCCUCAUACAACGCGAGAUGGCGCUCGCCAAGUCGCGCGGCCCUAUUAGCGAUGACGGGCCGACUCACACGGCAGAGGCGGGGCAGCGGGCGGACGAGUCCCCAUUCAAGCGAGUGGAAGCCAAGCGACGCAGUUUGUCAUCCAGCCUGUCCAACAUGUUCGGCCGACGACUCUCCUCCUCGUCGCCGUCGCCCCAAGCCGUGAGCAUUCAAAACAGCUCGUAUACCUCGAGCCCGCAGAAGCGUCCGGUGUUUACGCAAGAGGCCUACUGGAACCAGUCUAUUACUCUACGCUCCAUACUAAACGCGGUGCUCUUAGACGAGUGGGUGAAGGAGCUGGCUGCCCUCUGUGAGGAACACGCGCUCAGGCUAGCAGCUGACAACUACGAAGACGACACCUACAUACGCACCGUAGCGUUAUGACUGAGAGCGAACGCCUCGCUCCGAGGAACUAAAAACACAAACACAAUAGUCGCACCGGGACGGUCAAACGACACGUCCCUUUGAUAGUAUUACCUUUUACAGGGUUCGGGUUACAAUACGGUUCCAAUUAUGAUUUAGGCUCUGAAUCUCGCGCAGUCGUCAUCAUCAUAGUUCAGUCUACCAAACCCGCUAGCGAUUUUGUAUUUUCUGACAGUAUUAAUGUUAAUAAUACCAAAUGUUGCAGACAAUUAUACCGCACCCCGACCCACAAUUCCGAUUCUAUUUGUAAAUAUUAACAUAAGGAUAGGUUUAGAAUACAAUAAUAUGAGAACAAAAUUCUAACUGCAAACGACGAAUAGCAAUUAAGUUUAAGUAAAGAAAAUUACAUAGUAAGCGUCGUAAUUACUUAAUAUUUGAACGGGAUAAAUAGCAGUCUUAGCUUGUUACAUAUAUGUAGUUAUAUAUUUGAAAAGAUAUUGUUCAAUUCAAAGUGCCUUUGCGGAUAUUUUAAUAUUUACAGUAAUUAGAGUAGACAUUUGCAGAACCAGAAUGAUUAUAACGCGAAAGAUGAGUGAUACUAGUUUAAAUACAUCGCAUCAGAAAAAAAUCGAAACACUUCCGAAUUUUAGUCCAAAACACGAAUGAAAUUUUAAUUUGGAACAUAAAUAAUUAAAAAUAGAAAUAUGAUAUACCCACGGUAAAAUGUAAUUUAUUAUUUAUUCCUAAUACUUAGUCGUAUUUCACAUUUUACUGAUAACACUUACGAAACAUUAUAAACUUGCGCAGUGUUCCGAUUUUUUGUUGAGAAGUGUAUAAAAUACCAACGUAUUGGCUAAGACUGCUUUUUAUCUCGGAUAAUAUAAGUACCUUGCAAUUAAUUAAUAACAAUAUUGCCAUGAACGUAAUUUUGAACUGUGAUUUUUAUAAUGUUCAAAAACAUAAUUGGAUAAAUUAUUUAUACAGAACAGUGUUUAUAUCUAGCUCAAUUAUGUGCGAGAGUGUAUCAACGAAAUUUAGGAUGUAGUUAACAGAGGGGGUUAAAAGCCCACAUCGAAGCAAUUCAUCUAAAAAGCAAUAUUGCUAUUUGACAUUUGCGCAUACAAAAGUAACUGCGCAAUGCAAAUAGCAAUAUUACUUUUUUAGAUGAAUUGCUUCGAUGUGGGGUUUUUAAUCCCCGAGAUCUUAAAGCUUUUCACAUCACAAUAUAAUAUUAUAUUACUAUUCAUCACAUAACUUCUAUACUUGGUGAUUUAUGUAGUAUUAUUUUAUCUCUCGCUUAUAGAACCUACUUCAAUGAUUUAAGGUUUAUUUUAGUCUUGACCUACUUUGUGGAUUGUUUGUGUGUUAUAGUAAUAUUUGUCGUUGUAUUUCAAUAUAAUAUAUAUGUAUUAAUAGCUAACAAUAGCAUUAUUUUAUAUCUUUUUCUAAGAUUUUAUUUCACUAAUGCUUUUUAUUUUGUUAUUUGAAUCUGAACUAUUUUAUAUUUUAUUGACAAUUAAUGAUUUAUAUUUGACAUUGGUUUGUAUACUUGUAUGCUGCAUGUUAUUUUCGUAAAACGAUUAUUUUGUGAGAUUGUAGAGUGAGGCGCUUUGCUGAUUGUUUUUAUUUGAUUCUUCGCCUUUGUUAAGGUAUUGUGUAAAAACAUUAGGUUAUCUUUUUACGAGUGCAUGGGUCGCGUCGUCUGCGUGUGUGCGCGCUCUCCGAAUAUACUUACCUUACUUAUCCGAAUAUAUUAUAAACUCCUGUAACGCCUCAGGGACACCGGGAAGUAAAUGUGCACGAUAAAUUCCAGACUGAAAGGUAACCACUAAUGAAACUCAGAAUGCCUUCUUUAAGCAUUAAGCCAGGUUCACAAUGGUGGUGUGGUUCUGGAGGUGGAGGAUGAUCCAGCUAGAAAAUAAACCUACAACCGCGACGUAAACAAUUAAAAACAACGCGCACAAACCCAAGAUAAACCGUUACCCAUGCACCCAGAAGACAAUUUACCAGCACACGCGGCAUCACACCGGUGACGCGAUAUAUUCGCGCUUCGACAUGUGCCAUGCCGCGGGCGCUGAUGUCUAAUGCUAUAUAGUUAGUGUAUCGCGCAAAUACAAGGUUCUAGCUCAAAACAUCCUUCCACGCCGAGGUAACGUCCUCCGUCCAAGGAAUGUUAGAAUUUUAUUUACACACAUAAUGGCCCCGAUUCCUGCAGACAUCUCUUAAUUUUACUUUAAGUUAUACCUGUCAUUUUCUUAUCCGCCGAAAAGGAAAGGGACGGAUGAUUGACAGCUCUUAAUUUUAGGAAGAAUGAGUAAAUAAAUGAAUAACCCGGGCGAAUUUUUAGACGGUUGUUUUAGAUUUGUGCUUAAAAUUGACGUGUGUUCCAUAAAUUUUAUGCUUGUCGAUUACCCGUCCCUUUCCUUUUCGGCGGAUAAGAAAGUGACAGAUAUAACUUAAAAUAAAAUUAGAUGGUGUUUACAGGAAUUAGCACCAUUAUAUAUUAUUAUGUCGAUGGUGGAUGUCACGUGACAGUGUAUAAGUAGACCUUCAUACACCACUGUACCAUGUUUGAUUACAACUGUUAUACCUAAGUGGUGCGUACGGCAACAGGACGCCAACAUACCAAAAAUAAUGGUUUAUUUUGACAGCUAUCACGCACCAUGUUAGGACACAAAUAGUACAGCUGAUGGGUGUUUAGUACAGUAGUACUCAGUGUUGAUAGCACAAAGUCUUGGUUUAGUUCUAUGAUGUAAGCAGUCAAUGCCUUUCAUAAACUCAAGCAUCAGUCGUGCCAGACGAAAUGGUAUGCAAAAUUGUCCCGUGUUCAUAUUGUGAUAACGAACAAAACUGAUUUUAAAUUAACAAAAGUUGUAAGUUUCCAUUGAAUUUAUUAUUGUUGCCGAUUGUGACUUACAAAUUAGCACAACUAUUAGAAAGUAGCUCUUUGAACAUUUUGUAAGUAUGUCGAACUAAACAUUGAUUUUAAUAAAGAAUUGAGAAUGA